AUGUCGUCCAAACUGCCUCACUAUCCUUUACCUAUUCAGACGCGGUCUCCCCUCUUCAAGAGUCCUUCGGAGACUGUCCCCCCUACAGAUGAACUUGAAACGCUGCAGGCAGAGCUUAAAUACCUUCGGCAGAAGUCAUUGGAACGGGCCAAGAGGGCCGGAGAAGACUUGAAGACUAUCGAGGAAUCUAUGAGGCGAAUCAAGGAAAGAGAGAAAGGCAAAGCAAAGGCGGUAGAGAAGUUUGAAUUCCGACUCAUGAAUCUUAAUCUCUCUUCCCCGGUCCACAUUUUAUCACUACUCAAUCGACGGUUGAAAAAUCCUCAAAAUCUGUACAUAUACCGGACGUCAAAUUCUUGUGGUAUCCCGUUCGAUCUGAUGGAUGCCAUGCUCAUGUUAUUACUUCACGAACAUCCUCCCAAUCUGCCAUGGUCUCGCCACAAUGACGUUGUUGCAGUCACCCCAGCUUUGGAUGGAGACGAACACGAUCUUUCUCCCUCUGUCAACGGCUCUGUAAGGGCUCGAGCACCCUCGAUACCGGUUUCUUCCUUCACCCCCUCUUCUAGGGCAUCACUGGACCCUCGAAGAUCAAUACCAGACGACAUCAAGAAAAAAAAGAAGAAACGUAAACGAGAUGAAGAUAGUGACCUCGACCAGGGUAAUCUACAGAGACCAUCCGUAGAGACCGUGAUUCAGAUUCUUCGUACAGAUUCCGGCCGCGCUGUGAAAACUUUGCCAGGCCCUUCUCUCAGUGUCCCUCUCAAAACGUCUAAAUCACUGGGAUUUGUGGCAAAUCACGUCAAGUCUUCAUUUACACCCGACUUCACACUUCCACCCUCUACAGUACUACUACCCACCCGUCCUCCGAUACCCGCUCCACCCGUUGCCGGUCCCAGUAAUGCAACGGAUGUCACCGAAGAUUUCAGUAAGCUCAAACCGCCAGCGCAAACCCUCGUCAAUACCUUCUACUCAAGCAUUGAGCCUUGGAUACGAGGGAUUAAAGAGGAGGACGUUGGUUUUCUUGAAUUUACUGCGGAUGAAGUUGAGCCUUAUGUGAUACCGAAACUGGGCAGGCAUUAUUUGGAAGUAUGGGAUGAUGCCGAUAUGGCCAUGUAUGGUGGGCCAUUGCCUGGAUUUUCGUCUGGUCGAUUGGGUGAGAGCUCGACGUUAGCACCGAAAUGGGACCCAUCAACUCUGAUGGAGGCAGACCUGUUGACGGAGGAGCGCAGUCACGGGCCCUUGACAGAGCGAUUGAUGAGUGCCCUUUUACCAAUGCCAGAUUCGACAGUAUGGAAGGGUGUCAAGGCUGCCGAGGACGCUAUGGAGGGCAGACCGGGCGGAACUGGUGCUGCAGCUGCGAAGCGGGAGAAAGUUAAUGUAGUCGAUUUGGAGGAGAGGGUUCAGGACACGAUGCGGUUUCAUGGAUUACUCCAUGAGCCGCCCGAUUUUUCGACAAAAGUCGACGACCCAAUUGCGACAGCUCUCAGGCAUGCUCAACGUCAAUUACGGACCGUGGUGGCCAUGAACAAGGCCAGGAAAGAACGUCUUGCUGCUAUUGCUCGUGAUCGGCUUGGUUAUCAGGAAUAUCUGGACCUCCGCUCUGCCCUUGAUAAAAGCAUAACGAGCGCCUACUCGAAAGUCCAGAAGAAGGAUGAACCGAAACUGAAUAAAAAGAAAAAGAAAAUAUCAGAGGUUAACGGGAGCGUGAACGGGACUACUUCUGAUGAUGAUCUUCAUCUUGUAGUGCCAGAACAGUUGCAGCAACUCGUGGACACCCGGCGGCAGUGGGUGACAAGCGUCGGGGGGGUUUUUGACGAGAAGGAGAGGGAGUGUCCUGGUCGAAUAUGGGACCUUCCGCGGCGAAGCAUUUAUGAAGGGCUUGAGGACGCUAUCCGCCACGAUCUGGCUCGGUCGUUACAUCCACAUAGUACUGCAUCAGAUCAACGGACUACCCAAGGAAAUGGAGAUGAGAUGGAUGUUGGAUGA